UACCAUUUUAUCAAAUGUCAAAAAUUCAGCAUUUGUAAUUUAUUUUAAGGUUAAUUCGUUAUUCUAACGUUUAUUAAUUAAGAUUGUAUUUACCUUUAAAAUACCUAUAGUAUUUAAUUUUAUUAUUAUUCGUAUAAAUUAAUAAUCCAUCAAGAUGUCAACUGCUAUGCCAAUUAAUCCAAAACCAUUUCUCAAUGGUCUCACCGGGAAAGCCGUCUUAGUGAAAUUAAAAUGGGGCCAUGAAUAUAAAGGUUAUCUUGUCUCAGCUGACGGAUAUAUGAAUGUACAAUUAGCAAAUGCAGAAGAAAUUAUUGACGGAGCUGUUGCAGGAUCGUUAGGGGAAAUUCUGAUACGAUGUAAUAAUAUUUUAUUCAUAAGAUGCGCCGAAGAAGAAGAUGAAGAGGGUGAAAUGAGGGAUUAGUUUAGUCUUAGUAUAAUUUAUAAUUAAGUUUUUCUACAAAUAAAAAACUUUAAUAAGUAUAA